AUGGACGAAUUACAAGUCUUGUCGCAACUGCGCAUCUUGCGACACCAGUACUUUCAGCUGGUAGAACCAUAUCAAUUGAGGUGGCCAGACAGUGCUAUCCUAAAAGCGCCCGACGUGCAGUCGUGGCUGUUUACCAACUUAUUCGACGCGGAUGGUAUCACCUCGCCACCUCCGCAACGCUAUCAACACAGAGUGCUGAAACUACUCAUUUCUAAACUUGAAAAGUCGAUUGACAACCCUGAAGAGGAUAGGCGCUGUCUUUUCAAUCACCUGCUAACCUGGUUCUUUCCCUGUGAACAGGAAAUCUCAAAUGAUCUCAUGUCUGCAAUGGGGACUCUCCUCACAUCCUGCGUCCCUUCCGAAGCCGAUUCUGCUCAACAAAAGGCCUUCGUGACAUACUCGUACCCUCUCCACUUAAAUAACGGCAGCACGUCGGAUGAGCGGACAGUGACGCUUCUUGAGGCUCGUUCCGUCAUCUCAUCGUCAGGAACCACUGGGCUUCGUACCUGGGAGGCGGCAUUGCUUCUCGGGUCCUAUCUUGCAUCUGAAAGCGGUCGCACAAUAAUUCGGGGCAAAAGAUUGUUCGAACUAGGUGCAGGGACGGGUAUGCUCUCCAUACUCUGUGCCAAGUAUCUUGAAGUUGCUGGUAUUGUUGCUACGGACGGCGACGAAGCUGUUGUUGAUGCUAUCAAGACGAACAUGUUCCUGAAUGGGCUCGACACGGAUGACUCGUCUGGCUGCCAGGUUCGCACUGCGGCUCUCAAGUGGGGAUGGCCCAUGGACGCGACAACCUUCUCAGAAGACUACGGCAUGGAAACACCGGACGUGCUCUUUGGAGCGGACGUCACAUACGACAAAUCCGUCAUUCCACGCUUGGUUUCAACCAUGUGGGAAUUUUUCGAGCUGAAUUCAGCGCUCCAGGUGUUCAUUUCUGCCACCAUACGCAACGAGCAGACGUUCGAGACUUUUCUGAACGCGUGUAAGCGGAACGGCUUCGGUUUCGAGCAAAUUGAUUGCCCACCAGUCCCGGAACACGAUCAGGUUGGCCCGUUUUAUCCAACUUCGACGCCGAUUCAAAUUUGGCGCAUCACUCGAAGCCAGGUCGCCAAGGACCCCUUUGCGAUCUGA